UAAUCAUUUAACCCCAUCUAGGUAGUCAAUUACAGUGGAGCAUAACUCGAAUGAUUCAGCGCCCUGGGCCUCUAUAGGUCAGUGUUCUUAUGUUGCGAUGGAUAAUAGUGAGUCGGAAUAGAACAACUGGAUAAGUCGAGUUAAGUGGAGCAUAACAAAUGGAAACGCUUGUGGAGAGGAUUAUCUUUUUUACAUGUAUUUUCUUUCCAAGACUGUUAUAUUAUUAUUGCAUGGCCCUUGUAACAGCCUUGAUUCCAGCUAAACCCAAAUGCAUCUCGGGUAAAAUUGCAUUAGUAACAGGUGCUGGACACGGUAUUGGAAAGGAAAUCGCAUUAGAACUUGCACGAAAAGGAGCAAAAUUAGUUUUAUGGGAUAUAAAUAAGGCAAAUAACGACGAGACAGCUUUACAGAUUAACCUUAUGGGUGGCUCAGCAACGUCUUAUGUGGUUGAUGUAGCAAAUGCCGUCGACAUUCAUAUAACAGCCGAACAAAUGAGAGGAGAAGUAGGAGAUAUAGAUAUACUGGUGAAUAAUGCUGGGAUUUUAUAUGGUGGAGAACUCUUAAAACUUAAAGAGGCUCACAUAAGGAGAACUUUUGAUGUUAACACGUUGGCACAUUUCUGGACUGUGAAAGAAUUUUUGCCAGCAAUGAUAGAAAAGAACAGUGGACAUAUUGUCACUAUAGCAUCAAUGGUAGCUAAAUCAGGGACAGCCUAUAUGGUAGAUUAUAGUGCAUCUAAGUAUGCUGUAUAUGGAUUCACCGAAGCUCUGAGUGAAGAACUUAUGAAGUUGGGGAAGAAUGGAGUAAAAACUACAACCGUUUGUCCAGCAUUUGUUUCAACUGGACUGGUCAAGCAGAUCAGAGACAAAAUAACGACAUUAUUAACUCCUGGUACUGUGGCUGUUGAAGUUGUUAAAGGUAUCCAGUAUGAAGAAGAACACGUGUAUAUACCUAGGAUACUCCAUCUUGGUUUGAAACUACAAAUGUUUUCCCCACGUAAGUUUGAAAGAUGGGUCAAAGAAUUUGAAGGUAUUGUACCACAAUAUGAUCCGAACUCCUAGAUGUUGGCAUGAAAUUAUAAAAAUGAACAAAAUAAAAACAUUUUAAUACAUUUGCAGUUAAUGUCGUACAUUGUUUUUA